AUGAGUAACUCUGACUUCCUCCAAAACUACUUGUUGGACCUUCCGUGGACAGUCUUGGGUGAUGCUUUGAAAUAUUUGCCUGCAGAGCUCGUGUACGACCCGCUCUCCAAAGUUCCAGCUCUCCGAAACGUCAUUAUUGAGUCAUACUUCUCCAAUGAGCUUCAUUUCAUCCUUUCCCCCACCCUGAGGCCUCACUUGUGUACCUCUGAUCCUCAGAAACGUGAGCUUAUAGACAUCACUAGCUAUGGUGAAAUUGAAGACUUUCUUGUAGAAAAUCCUGAUGUAACUCCACGGCUAGUUAAGGUGAUCACUAAUCAGGACUUCAGGUCCAUGGAACUCCUCCUCACGAAGUACAGAAACUUUUUCAUGGCAGUUCCUACUCUCCAGAUCCAUGUGGAGAAGUAUGAACUCACAGUGGAGGAUAUGCAGCUUUUACUUUCGUUUCCUAAUUUGCAAAAACUCCAGACUGGCCGAAUCAAGUUGCACCGAGCAUUGCCAGCUAUGAUCUCUGGGUUUAAGCACAUGAAGAACUUGAAAGAGAUCGUCUUCUUAGGUCAUGAAAUUAAAAACUGGUCUAACCUCUUGUUGCCUCCCAAUUUGGAGAAUUUCGAUGUUUCGUGGCAUCCAAACACGGACGUUGCAUCUAUGAAUUUACCUGACAGUGUGAUUAACCUUUUCUGGAAUCUGGUGGGGCUUACCAAUAGUGUAUUUAACUCCAUGACAUUCUCUCUGCAGCUUAGAACGUUGAUGUUGACCUACAACAAUUUGGUGUCCAUCAACGUCUCGCAAUUACCCCAGAGCUUGGAAACUAUCGAUUUGUCACACAACCACUUGUCUAGCUUCGAGUAUAAUGAAGGUGCGGCGAGAUGGCCACCAAACUUGAAAACCAUUCUUCUCAGCAAUAAUGCCAUCAAUGACCAAUCCUUGAGAGAACUUUCCCAGAUAGAAUGGUCACCUUUCUUAGACAACUUGAGGCUAGAUAUGAAUAAGUUUACUCGUCUUGAUGAUCUCCACACAUUGCCAGAAAACCUCAAGUUUCUAGAUAUUUCAGGAACGCUUCUCUCUGGAUUUGAAGUCGCUCACAGACAAGACGAUUACAUAUACUUCCGGUUCCCUGAAGGAUUGGAAUUCCUCAACAUUCAGAAUUCUCGAGCUUUGAAGUAUCCCCAGAGGACAGAUACCGUGGAGUACCGCAUCAAGUUCCCGUCUAGUCUCGCAACUCUCAACUUGGACGAGUGCAAUAUCACUGAUCUCUCGUUUUUUUUGUUCCCGCUGUCCUUGAAGACUCUUUCCUUGUCUGGAAACAAGAUUGGGUCGCUCAAUUCAUACGAGUUUACUGUGAAUGGAAGUGGCAUCGUCACCUGGACCCAAUUGAAAAAUCUUCACGAGUUGGACCUUUUUUUCAAUAGUAUCGAGAACAUCGAGUGCUGGAUGCCUCCUCCAAGCAUUCGAAAAAUUGAUUUACGUAAAAACGCUAUCAAGGCAUUGCUGAAGGUGAACACACCACUCUUCAACGAGACAUUCUGUCAUCGCCUUGUGGACUUGCAUGUGCUCAAUUUAGGGGAAAACUUAAUUGACACUAUUGAUAUUGACGUUGUUUUACCUCCUAAUCUCACUGAUUUAAUUCUUAGAAGGAAUGAGUUAACGAAAUUUACCUUCACUCCUACAUUCUGUUGUCACUCAGCAUUGGCACACCUUGAUAUCAGCUCCAAUAGUAUUGAGGAGAUAUCAAUCGACUUGAACGUAGCGUCAGCGUCUAAUUUGCAAACAUUGAAUCUAUCCAAGAAUGCUGGAACUUUACCUGUCACCUCGGAGCAGUUCUACAAGAUGCUAGAGGAGAUUGGGCUUUAUGUCACCAAGAAGAAACACAAUAUUAAAAGCGAACACACAUUCAAGUGA